AUGGCGGCUCGACACGGGAAACUCUGCGAGUUCAACGCGGGCGUAGAUAAUGUCGAAGACUACAAAGAACGAUUCUUGCUCUAUUGCACGGCAAAGGAAAUCACGGACGACGACAAGAAGAUAGCUGUUCUUCUGACGUCGAUGGGCACAACGACGUACACGUUACUAAAGAAUUUGGUACGACCGGCGGCUCCUCAAGGCAAAUCGUUGGAUACGCUCUUCAAGCUAUUGCAGGACCACUAUGAACCGAGAAUUAUCGUCAUCGCAGAACGUUUUCGCUUAUAUAAGCGAAUGCAGCGGGAAGGCGAGAAUAUUGCUGUUUACGUUUCGGAGCUGCGACGCCUCGCCAAACAUUGUGAUUUCGGUGAGCAGCUCAAUACUGCAUUACGCGAUCAAUUAGUCUGUGGGUUGCUACACGAGAAUAUACAGCAGAAGAUUUUAGCUGAGGCAGAGCUAACGCUGGAAAAGGCUCUGCGGAUUGCACAAGCUGCAGAGACAGCCAGAGCGGAGACACAACACCUCCGUGGGGAGUCGACACGACACGCAGCUAGUGGACAUUCCAGGACAUUGGAGACGGCAUUUGCUGUCAAGAGAGCGACCACAAGCAGCCGCAGCCAAUCGGGAUCGUUGCGUGCUUUGGAUAAGGCAUGUUAUCGUUGCAAUGAUCAUGGUCAUGACCCAACCAAGUGUAGAUUCAAAAACUACACGUGUCUGUUCUGCAAGACGAAGGGCCAUAUCGCUAAAGCAUGUCGGAAGAAGCAGCGAGAUAACGCGAAAGAUAGCACGGAGGGCAAUUGGCGUACAAAAAGGAAACCGAAGACUCAGUCUACAUAUCAAGUAGAUGCAGAAGAUGUAAGCCUCAUUUGUUCUUUGUCUGGUAGAGGCGGGGUCAAGGUGACAAUAGAGGUGGCAGGCAGGAAUGUGGAGAUGGAAGUGGACACUGGAGCUUCAGUGAGUGUUGUACCAACCCAGAUAUAUAGUGAAGUUCUAUCCCACGUACAGCUGAAGAAGAGCACUGCCCAACUUCAGUCAUAUAGUGGUGAACGAUUGAAGGUGAAGGGAGAAGCUGUUGUACCAAUCAAGUAUGGAAUACAACAAUCCAUGGAGCGGUUGAUUGUAGUAGAUGUGAGUGAUAAGCCAGCAGUCUUGGGACGAGAUUGGCUGUCAAACCUCAAGCUUGAUUGGGCUUCUCUGUUCAAAGUUGAUAGUGGAGUUUUUGAUGUACCUGAGAAGUUUCCUCAGUUGUUUGCAGAGGGAGUAGGUACUUUGCAAGGCUAUCAAGCCAAGAUAACUUUGUCUGCAGAUGCCAAGCCACAGUUCCAUAGGCCACGCCCAGUGCCUUAUGCCUUACAACAGAAGGUAGAGGAGGAGCUUAAUCGACUUCAGGAAGAGGGCAUUAUACAGCCAGUGGAAAACAGUGAGUGGGCAGCACCUAUCGUCAUUGUGAGAAAGGCUGAUAAUUCUAUCAGAAUUUGUGGCGAUUACAAGGUAACAAUUAACCCCUACCUGGAGAUGGACAAUUAUCCAAUGCCAAAUGCACAGGACUUGUUUGCAUCGUUAGCAGGAGGACGGUUCUUUACACGUCUGGAUAUGAAACAAGCUUACAUGCAGAUGCGAGUGGAUGCAAGCAGCCAAAGGUAUUUGACUAUCAACACUGCCAAGGGCCUGUUUGCGUACACACGUAUGCCCUUUGGUAUUUCGACUGCACCCGGAAUUUGGCAGCGAGCAAUGGACAACGUUCUUACGGGAAUGCCAGGAGUGUCCUGUUAUUUAGACGACAUUCUGAUUGUGGGCCAAUCCGAAGAACAACAUGACGAACGUCUUCAUCAAGUCUUGGAAAGACUGAGUCAAGCGGGACUUCGUCUGAAAAGAGAAAAGUGUGAGUUCAAGAAAACUAGAGUUGAGUACCUUGGUUAUGUUGUGGAUGAGCAUGGACUUAGACCGGCUGAGUAA